AUGAAUUUCGAAGUCAACAUCUCGGGAUGUCUUGUCCCCUUUCGAAAUUGCACCAAAAACAAAACGAGCACAAUAAAUUUCACACAUUGGGGAGAAAUCUGUCAGAAAUAUUUCUACGAAUGUAAUAAUAAUUCUGACAGAGAGAAUUCAACUUUAAUAAAUAUCACACAUUGGGUAGAAAUCUGUGAGAAAUAUUUCAACGAAUGUAAUAAUGAUUCUGACAGAGAAAAUACAACUUUAUCGGCGACGAUAAACAGAAACUUACCUGCGUACGUUCUGGUUAUCAUAAUACUCAUCGCUUUCUCUAGUCUUUUGACCAAUGGUUUCGUGUGUCUCGUCUACACGUUCUCGCUAGAAAUACGGACUGCCAAGCACUAUUUCAUCGUCAAUCUUGGAGUAGCAGAUAUUUUCAUCGCUUUAGUAGGAAUACCUUUUUAUCUUACGGAGUACAUGGAUUGGGAUGAUAGAACUUUAUGUCAGAUUGGCGCCAUGAUUGACGUCAUGUGCUCUACCAAUUCCAUCAUGAGUUUCGUUUUGAUAAGCGUAGAGCGAUACACGGCGGUAAAAUGGCCGCUAAGAUACCAAACCAUAGUAACCAGGAACCGUUGCUUGGCCGGGUUGAUCUCAGUGUGGAUUUACUCGCUUCUCGUAAUGCUGGCGUCCCGGAUACCAAUUGGUAAAUUCCACAUGAAUCACUGUAGCUUCUUCACAAAGGAAUAUCUCAUCGCCACCAGCUUUACAAGUUUUCUCUUUCCACUUUUCGUAAUGGUUCUCGUUUAUGGCUGGAUCUUCAAGGUCGCAAAGAGACAUUCUCGGAAAAUUAAUUACACUCUCAAAAGUAAAUUGGAUCGAGUAAGACGCGAGUACAAGGCGGCAAAAACUUUUUCGAUCAUCAUCGGCGCUUUUCUCAUCUGCUAUCUUCCGCUUUUCGUCUACAUAUGGUUGUUUCACGUGAGAAAUGAAAAGGUUCCGUUCAUCGAGUUGUUUUAUAUCGUCAAUAUACUGCGUUAUCUCAAUGGAUUUAUCAAUCCAUUGAUAUAUGUUGGAAUAAACAAAGAAUUUCGACGAAGUGCGUUUAAAAUACUCAACAAAAUUGUACCACAUCGGAAACCUAAGAAAAAGGAAACAGCGAACGAUAUUUCACAGACGUUGGAAGAUGUAGCGGGCAGUAGAUCGGGUACUGAUUUCUUGGAAAUGAAAAAUAUGUAGAGAUUACAGUCAUGGAAACAAUCAUUUAGAUGGUACCAGAUAUCCAUGUGAGCCACGCCGUUCGCUUCGUGGAAUUCUCUUCGUCUAUUUCAUCUUCAUAAAAAUCUUUAAAUCUGACGUGAUCUUGGAAAAUUGACGAGUUUUUCAAUGUAGGAUCCAUGCAGCGUUGGUCAAAACAAAUACUAUUAGCUCGAUUUUAAAUUCGAAGUACCUUCAGAACAACACUAUUGGUUACCCAUGCCUUGAAAAAGGUUUUUAUCAAUGGAUUUGCUUGCAUCUGAAGUGUAUGGAAAUGUACUAGGCUUUACCGUCAAAUAUCAGCAAUCAUAGCAAUGAAAACUAGACUUCUGAAAAAAAUCAGUUUUUGCGGAAAUGUACUAAGUUUUACCGUCAAGUAUCAGCAAUCAUAGCAAUGAAAACUAGACUUCUGAAAAAAAUCAGUUUUUGCGGAAAUGUACUAGGUUUUACCGUCAAGUAUCAGCAAUCAUAGCAAUGAAAACUAGACUUCUGAAAAAAAUCAGUUUUUGCGGCUAACUGUUGCGUGAAAAGCAAUGCUUCUGUGUGCAGCGGUGUAACAGUAAUUUGUCCAAUUUUUUUAAAUACACAAAAGAUUUAGAUUUAGCUGUAAAAUUAAAUAAUUGUUCGUUUUCUUUGUUCGUACAUAACUACAUAUUAACAGCAGUUGAAAUCUGUCCGUUCAAACUUUUCAAGCCGACCGUUGAACCGUUAAUGAAUGAUGAAGUAAUUAUUCAAAUAAUUCCUAAUUAUAUGUACAGCAGUAAAUUUCUCGUGAAAUAUUUAAGGUUAAAAAUGACUGUGUUAAAUAAAAAAUCAUACUAUAAUCAA